AUGAUUGUUACCCACCAUACGGAGCAUUUCUUCUUUGCCUCGGACAUCCCAGAAGAUGUCCACAUGCAGCGGGGCGCCGACGAGUGGAGUAGUUGGGGCGGGUGUGGCGAUUCCGUCCUACACAUCGAACUGGGCAAGUGGGCCGAUCUGAAGCUGGUGGCACCACUGAACGCAAACACACUAACUAAAAUGGCAUACGGUUUGUCCAACAAUCUACUACUCUGUACGGCGAGGGCAGGGGGCUUUGGAAAACCGUUGUUCUUUGCCCCGGCCACGAACCACAUACAACAGUCUUGGUCUCGGUCUCAGUCCAAAGCUGCCGGCAAAUGCGUUCAAGUGCUUUUGGCCUCAAUGUCAUUGCGAAAGGCAAACAAACUGUAACGAGAGAUAUGAAAA